UUUUUAAAAUGCCGAAUAAAAUCCUACAGAUAACCCGAGACGUAUUUCCUCACGUUGCAUUUCUUUAUUUAAAAAGCUCCACACACUUCGCCGCCGUGUGUGAGCCACGUGCCCACUUUUUCCUGGUGAGAGGAGCGCGGAAGGAUGGGCGCAACUGAAGGAGGCGAAGGGAGCGGCCUCCUUCUGCGCCAGUGCAGCGGGACUAGGGCCUCUUGGCUGCCAUGGCGACUGGUUUGUGACUGCUUCGGCCUUACAAGUAGGCCGGCUUCCACCUUAAGGCUCUCAAUUCCCGGCUACGGUAGUUGGCAGCGUUCGUGACUUGAUCCGUCCCUCACCGCCGAAGGGAUCGUGGCUAUGGCCUCACGCAGCGCUGGGACACUCCUCACUCAAAACAACGCGGUCUAUGUGCCGCCGGGGCUCAUGCCUGGGUACCGUGGCCAUGUCCCUAAUGUAGCCUUUUCCUUUGGUGACACCUAUGGAAAUACCACCAUGAAAUAUUUUCAAGACUUCCGAAGUGCUGCAAUGGAAACCAGUUAUAGUCCUUAUAGCAAAGGAGGCCAAUUCCCAACCCUUUUCUCCCGUGACCCAUCUCUCGUGAUUGGGGAAAGGGCAAGGGGCUGGGAUCGAUGGCUACGUACUCCUAAUUACUCUCGUUUCAAUUUGGAUAUGAACCGCUCAGAAGAACUGGGAGAGUUCUACAAGCUUACUCAGAUGCAUCGUGAACAUUACAGAGAUAAGACAGGGACAUUGCACAUGGUACCAUACUUUGUGCUGCCUAUGAAGGAAAGAGACAAGUAUCCUCAUCCUCUUGAUCUCCCACCACUGAGUGCCAAAACAAUGUGGCACCUCCAUCGCAUCUCGCCAGAGAAUCUACGGACAUACCAGACUUUUCCCUCAGGAAAGAGAGUGACUUCACAGGAGAGAGAAGUCCGAGACAGCUUUUUUGAGUUCAGAGCUUGAGUGAAGGAUGCUGCCAUUCCUGUCCAGCCCUUGAG